GCACGAUUUCGGCGAAAUGCCGCACACCGUAGACAUGGAUUUGGCUGGGCUCCUGGAAAGACAGCAUCAGGAGUUGAUGGCGCGCAUGGACCAAUGCAUCGAGAGCGUUGCCAGCCUCGACGCUCGCUUUCGAGGUGUCCAGGAGAGUACUUGGAAGGAGGAGUCGGAGGUCAAGGUGGCCACUCUGAAGCUGGAGGUGCCCGGAGAGUCUCGGGGCUCCAGCGCAAGGCCCUCGCAGGCCUCGAAGCUCUCUGAUGAGGUGAAGCAACCUCGGAAGCCAGCUCUGAAGAGGAUGGAUAGCUACAGCCUGGCGGUGAUCAAGUCCCUGCAAUGGGCGGAACAGCUGAAGAAGCUUUGGGCGCCCAGUGGCUCCUUGAAGACCCACAACGAGUCGAAAGCGGAGACAGUUUGGAGGAAGUGUCAGGAGGGUGCGAGCUGGAUCAUGAACUCCUACUGCGCGAACCUCUUCUUCGCCUUCAUCAUUUUGAGUAACUCAAUUUUUCUAGGAGUGCAACUGCAGUGGCGCGUGGACAACGCGGAGCUGGCUCUGGAUCCCGCAUUUACGAUAGUACACAAUAUCUACGCCGUGCUUUUCACCCUGGAAGCCCUGCUACGUUUGGUGGCGGCGGGCGUUUGCGGGUACUUCUGCGGCCGCGGAUGCAAGUGGAACUGGCUGGACGCCUUUGUGGUGACCUCCUCCUGGACAGAGCUCGCCUUUGACCUCUCUGAGCCGGGAACCUCCAGCAGUCCGUCCAACAGCAACCUUCGGCUGAUCCGGAUCUUGCGAAUGGGACGUCUCUUGCGGGUGAUUCGAGUAGUUCGUGUCGUGCGGGUGUUCAAGGCCUUACGGACUCUGGUGCAUUCGCUGGUGGACACGACGAAGUCCCUUGUUUGGGCCAUGCUGCUGUUGGCGCUGAUCGUCUACAUCUUCUCCAUCUUGUUCACGGAUGUGGUGCUAGAUCACCUGCAGUAUGACGGCACCUCCAGCAUUGGCGACGAGAAGCUAGCGAUGUACUUCGGGACGAUCUUCAGCUCCUGCACGACGCUCUUCAGAUCUUUGUUAAACGGUUUCAGCUGGUACGAUGCCGCUGAUGCUCUGGGCGGUGUGCACAGCUUCUGGGCUCAGAUGUUUCAUUUCUACAUGGCCUUCUGCACAUUUGCCGUGAUGAACGUCAUGACAGGUGUCUUCUGCAACAGCGCGAUAAAAGCUGCUGAACGUGAUCACGAUAUGGUCGUACAGUCGCUGUUGCAGAACCAGCAGGAGUUCCAGAGCCUGGUGCACAACUUGUUUCGAAAGAUCGACAAGCACAACGUGGGGAAGAUCACAUUGGGGGACUUGGAAGAGCACUUCAAUGAUGAAUCCGUCAAGGCCUUCUUCGAGUCCCUGGAGAUCGGCGCGGUGGACGCCUGGACGCUUUUCCUGAGCCUUGACGUGGACGGAGACCACGUCAUCAGCGUGGAGGAGUUUAUGGAGAGAUGUGUGCAGCUGCGGGGCCCCGCGCGAUCCGUGGACCUCUAUGCCUUGAAGCAGCAGAAUGUGAAGCUUCGUGAGCUGGUGGAUUCCGUGGCCGAAUCCCAGCAGCGCUUGGAGCGGAAGCUGCAGCGCGGCGAAGCAUCGCCGCGAUCCUCGCCCCGGCUGCAGGACUCCUUGUGAGCGAGUCGUUUUCAAAGCCUCGGAGGGCGUAGAACAGCGCACAUACAUGCGCAC